CGGCCAUCUUACACGCACGAGUUCCUUACACCGACGCGAGGAGGAGCGUGCCAAACUAAGCACUUGGAAGACAAAGAAUGGGCUGGGAAGUACACAAAGAGCUCGCGGCCGAGCGACACAUGGAUAAAUACGUCCUCUUAGACGACAAAGACGUGCCCCCCUUGUUUUGUUCGAUGAUUUGACGAUAUAAAAUUCACAUUCUCGUCGCGUGCUGGCACCCGUCGUUUCAAUGCCCCAUAUCACAGGAUCCUCCGUGCUUGGACUCGAGAUCGAAGCUAACCAGUGGCAGCAAGAUCGUCUGAACCGUCUCAGAGCGGAUCCAGGAGAAAACGCAAGACGGGCCGAGUACUUCGGCGAGCGAACCAUCGAGAAACGAUUCUCCCUCGAUAAUGCCCAGUCCUUCGAGCCCAAUCCAACUCAAAUUGGACUUGACGCCCCAACGCGUACCCCAGUGCGGCCUUCUCUACUCCUUUCCCAUCCAGCCUCCUCAAUGGUGCUUCUAGCCCCGGAAUCCUCUCCGCCGGAUUCCUUCGAAUGGAACACCCUCUCGCUCUCCAUCUCAUACGCCCAAACCCCGCUCCCUUGGAAAGGAAAACAGAAGGAAGAUCGGGGCCGAGGUCUCACGGACUCCAUCACCAACGUUUGUGACAAGCCGGCUGUGGUAACCACCGUUGCUUCAUACGGGACCCGAAACAUCCUUUUCAAGAUCAUGAUCCGCAACGCUGCUCCCGGGUCAAGAGCGAUUCCAACUCUGAUGGAUCACCUUGAGCGUAUCGGAACGCUUGAUCCUGGCAGUGACGUCCGCUGUCCAUUUUCGUCCGUAUCCUUGGAUCCCCCAGUGCUAUUCCUUCCCGGUCACGCAAUUCGUGUUCCAGCAUCGGAUGAUUUUAUCCUAGCUGCACCCAUAGGGUGGGAGGUCCCUCUAUCCGAGAGCAGUGCUUCUCCCCUACAGAAAGAAAGUGAUUCUCCCUUGGUGAAUCUCCUUGUGGAAUCAGGGGAUGACAUACACUACCGCGGAGUGUGUGCGCUGAAAAUUUUGUUGAACGCACAGAAGUAUAUUCUGGACGAGAGUAUUCUGCAAGGGGUCAAGAGUAGCUCUUCGAGCCAAAAAUUACAAGGGCAGGCUCAAGAGCGGGUCAUUGUGCAAUUUUACGGGCUACAAUUCUCCCGCAUACUGAUUCCACGAGAGGUACUGGUGCCUUCUCACCAUGACAGCCCCACCGUUUUACUAGCGCACUCCCAAGCAAUGCGAUUUGUGACUUACAACCUGCGCUACGACUCGCGGCCCGACACGAUUUCCGUCGCGCAAUCGCUUACGCACCUUCCGGACCCACUGGACUCGCCUCGAUACUUGGCGAAAGCGGGCGAGCAGCCUUGGAGCACGCGCAGGCUGCGCGUCGCGGAGCACCUGCUCGGCGAGGGAAUUGUGCUGGCUGGUUUCCAAGAGGCGUUGGUCAGGCAGGUGCGGGAUCUGCACGAGCUGCUAGGUGAAGCGGACUGGGAUUGGGUGGGCGUCGGACGGGAUGAUGGUCGGGAGGCGGGGGAGUACAGUGCGGUGUUCUACAAGAAAUCAGAGCUUGAGUACCUGGGACACGACUCUUUCUGGACGUCUCUGACCCCAUUCACACCGUCGCGGUACCCCGGCGCAGGCUCGAUCCGUGUAUGCACUGUUCUGCAGCUGCGACGACGUCAUGGCGGACAGAAGUUCACGGUGCUAAAUACCCAUAUGGACGAACGAUCUGAGGAGCAGCGCCGGCUAGCAGCAAGCAUGAUCCUUGCCCGGGCCAGGUUCGAAGCACACACCAGCGGUUUCCCGGUCAUCGUCAUGGGCGACUUCAAUAGGUUUGCCAGCCCCGGUGCACUUUACUUGCGAAGGCUUACUUUCUGCCGCAGUCCCCCAACAGGCUCGGACUCCGGGGCGUAUGAGAUAUCCACGGGUAUGCGUCUGCCGGUGGAUGUGCCAACGGAUUUUGCGGAACGGUACAGCGUUCCUGAUGAUGCUGCACCGUUUGUGCUGCGAGACCUCAGGGGCUGUACACCGCGCCGUCACGUAUCUGCCAAUCACGCAACUUUCACAGGCUUCUCCGCACCCAACGACGCGAGAGCAUGGAGCCGCAUCGACUUCAUUUUCGGUGGGAGCAACGGCGGAUGGGAAUCGGUGAGAUACAAGGUGGACAGUGCCUUGACGGACGAUGGAGUGUUGGCGAGUGAUCAUCGGCCCGUUUUUGCGGACCUUGUACUUUGACUGUGUCGUAAUCAUAAACAUUGAAACAUAUUAGAAAUGUCGACUCCUCCGUCUCA